AUAUUUUUCUUGCAAAUUAUUUUAGUGCAAAAAUACCAGUAGUAUGUAAUUCUUUCGGUAGAAUCUCUCAUGCUUUUAUGCACACACUUCCAGGCUCCAGCCCACUUGCACUGUUUGUGUUCCUUGCUUGUCUUGAAAUCCCAGCGAUUUUAAAUACACCUUACUGAUUCCUUCUCAGUUUUCCCCACUGCAAAGACAAACAGAGAACUUUUUUCAGUUUUUGCAGGCAACUUCUGAAAAGCCCUUUUCCCGAUUUGGGGAUCAGAGGAUUUGUGGGAUUGAGCAGGAGUGUUUUGAAAGGCUUUCGGUGCGCUUGAAUUUUGAGCUUAAAGAGGUGUACUAAUGGAAAGAUACGAACUUGUGAAGGAUAUAGGGUCUGGAAAUUUCGGUGUGGCCAGGCUUAUGAGGAAUAAGGAGACUAAAGAGCUUGUCGCCAUGAAAUACAUUGAAAGAGGGCACAAGAUAGAUGAAAAUGUGGCUCGGGAGAUCAUAAACCAUAGAUCACUUCGGCAUCCUAAUAUAAUUCGAUUCAAGGAGGUGGUUUUGACCCCAACACACCUGGCCAUUGUUAUGGAGUAUGCUGCUGGUGGUGAGCUCUUUGAGAGGAUUUGUAAUGCUGGACGGUUUAGUGAAGAUGAGUCAAGAUACUUUUUCCAGCAGCUUAUUUCUGGAGUCAGCUACUGUCACUCCAUGCAAAUAUGCCAUCGUGACUUGAAGCUGGAGAAUACUCUUCUGGAUGGAAGCCCAGCUCCACGCCUGAAAAUAUGCGACUUUGGUUACUCAAAGUCAUCUCUACUUCAUUCGAGGCCCAAAUCAACUGUUGGUACACCUGCUUAUAUUGCUCCAGAGGUCCUCUCUAGGAGAGAAUAUGAUGGAAAGUUGGCUGAUGUUUGGUCAUGCGGGGUGACACUUUAUGUUAUGCUGGUGGGAGCAUAUCCUUUUGAAGAUCAAGAAGAUCCAAAGAACUUUAGGAAAACCAUCCAAAGGAUAAUGGCUGUUCAAUACAAGAUCCCCGAUUAUGUCCACAUAUCUCAAGAUUGUAGGCACCUCCUCUCUCGCAUUUUUGUUGCCAAUCCUUCCAGGAGGAUUACUAUCAAAGAAAUAAAAUCACACCCGUGGUUUCUCAAGAAUCUCCCUCGCGAACUAACCGAUGUGGCCCAAGCACAAUACUACCGAAAGGAAAAUCCGACUUUCUCCCUUCAAACCGUGGAGGAGAUCAUGAAAAUCGUGGAGGAGGCCAAAACCCCUCCACGCGUCUCCCGCUCGGUUGGCGGCUUCGGGUGGGGAGGGGAAGAUGAUGACGAGGAUAAAGAGGAUGUUGCGGAUGAUGAGGUGGACGAGGAAGAGGAUGAUGAGGACGAGUAUGACAAGCAAGUGAAAGCUGCUCAUGCGAGUGGGGAAGUUCGUCUCACUUGAAAAAAAAAAAUAUAUUUUGUGCUUUUUUGGUGUUAGAAUUUUUCGGGUCUGUAAAUUUUCUUGUUUCUUGUUCGUGUUUAUGUGGUCUGAGUCCUGGCUUGUCUAAGUUUUAAUUAGUUACUGGAGUUAUUAGUUGUUUGAGGUUUUGUAUGAGAGUUGGUGUUGUAUUGUACUCUAUUGUGUUUAUUUUGAUGUGAAAUUCAAAUCUGUGUGCUUCUUCUUCAGUUUUUGGUUUGAGGUUGUGUUUGGAGUGCCUGAGGUGCAUCUUGCAAGUGAUGUGAAAUCAGAACAAGACAAAUAUGGUUGGACUGUGAAGUGU